AUGACUACCCUUUCAACGAUACCGCUCUUCAAACUAUCGAUUGACACAAUUUAUUGUAUAUUUGAUCAUUUGACAAGCGACGAACAAUUGAAAUUCGCAUUAUCUUGUUCAUGUAUAUAUCGCGUGUUUAGAAUUUAUUAUUUGGGUUUUUAUUCGCCAAAGUGGGAAGAAGUUCAAUGGACAAACGAUUUAAAUAAAAAGAACAAAUCCGUCGAAGAGACUAUUUCAACAGCAACAACCGCAGACAUUACUAUUACUACGCCCUCGCCAAGUUACUCCUCACCACAACCACCCCACUCUCCUCCACCGCAUAUAUACCGCAACGCAGUACUACUAAACGACAAGCUCUAUCUUCCGUUCUUAUCGCCGGGCUCGCCAUAUUGUUAUGUUCUAUCCCUUUCCGGUUCACCUUCACAAUGGACGCCGUGCUCGCUUUCUAUACAUCCAGACUCUGACCUACUCUACACACCGCUUUUAAAUACCGCUGCCACAGCUGCAAACAAAAAGAUAUACACGUUUGGUGGGGAGACUUAUAGUGGUGACGUCUGCAACAUACUAUACGAAAUAGACGUUGAGAAAAUGGAGAUUAAGGUUGUCGAAGGGGAAGGAAUAAUUCCGGGGAGAAGGUGCAUGCACACUAUUCAAGCCGUUGCCGAGAAGUGGUUGGCGGUUUUUGGGGGUCGACGUAUAGCAUAUGAAAAUAAUGAUGAUUGUGUUCUGGAUAACGAUAACGAUAAUGAUAAUGAUCCAAUAUAUUACGAUACGAAAGAUUUCUAUCUAUUUUAUAUUCCAUAUUCGACAUGGAUUUUCCCGACAACUUUGUACUCGGCGCCAUAUCCACGGUCGUAUCACGCUUGUGCUGUUAUUGAUUCGGCAAUGUACAUUUAUGGGGGACAGCAAUUGACAUUUUCGACUGAAUCUAGACGAGUAGGAAACGAUCAAAUACAAUUGGACGCAUCUUUUAGCAAGGUUGAAAACGCCGCCUAUAGUAAUAGAUGCCUAAGAAAUAAUGUGCACGAUGAUGAGGAUUUAUGGUGUUUUCGAAUCCCUGAUUUUUGGCCAGAUUCAUCUUCCUCAUCAUCUUCUUCUGUUCUACACUCUGGCAUCACGAACGACGCAACCACGAUAACGAGAGCAAGUUCAACAGUUUUUUCUAAUUCGACUUCAGAACAACGUUCCCGUUCUCCCAACACGAUUGCCCGGUCGUCGGUUCCUUUGGUAUCUUAUUGGGAAAAACACAUAUUACCACGUGCAAAUGGCUUUCAUUUUACCCAUAUCGGAAGACGACGAGAGUGGAUUAUGACAAAAGGAAAAGCAGUGGGAAGAUGUUGUGGCGCAGCAAUGGUAGGAAUGACAAGGAGAUUAAUUCUCUUUGGCGGAUGGGAUAAAGAUCGAUGGGAUUUGGAAGUGAACACGUUUACGACUAGAAGGAAAAGACUCGACGGCUCUAUAAAUCAGCCGGCGUCAGCAAGUCGAUUGGAUGGUUCGAACUUGAUUAACAAAAGUAGCGCGGAAAAUACUGGAUUAUCUAACUAUACCGACAACACUGUAAUCUCUUUCGGCAUACAAUCAAGCGAACCACCUCAACCACCUCAGCCACCUCGUCAAUAUCCUCGAACGGAUCAAUCUCAUUCACCUUUGCCUUUAUUCGAUGAUCGUUUAUCAAUCUCCGAUUUAUCCUCUGCGAAACGUACAUGCGACACAACAAAACCUUGGGAAUUUCUCAAAAUCUACCUGUUCGAGAGGAAUUAUUGGAUACACUUGCACGUCAAGGGUCUGCCUGAGAUGGAAUGUGUGGCGUUCAUAUCUGACAAUUUAGCUCUGUCGAAUAAUUUGUUUGUUGUAGGCCGCACGAGGGAUGCAAGCAAUCGUAUUACCAUGGGAUGGAUUAAGGAUGAAUGA